AUGUCGUCGCCGCCGCCACAAUCGCCUCUGCCGUGGCAAUACGGAGGAUCCUCAAGCGAAUCGGAUUGUCCGCCGUCGUUGAAGAAACAAAAGGUGGAUGAGGAAGAUGGAGAAUCCAGCGAUUGCGAAAGUGAGCAACCUUUACCAUACUCUCUCUCAGAUACAAGCCUUCCCGACUGGGAUAUCGAUGAAGCAAUUGAAGAUUUAUAUUGCCCUGUCGGUCCCGGUGAAAAAAAGGCGGAUAAAGCUGUUUGGGAUAGGUACUUCCAGCAGAUUCGUGAGAGUGAGGGAUUUGACAUUAAAGAUUAUCCCGGUUCGUGUCCAAUAACUAGCAUCUACCCCAUGACUAACUACUUAGACACUCCUGCUAAUGUUGAAAUGUUGAAGGGUCAUUGUGCAAAGGCACUUGAGCAGUACAAUACGGACAAUGGCACUAAAUAUGAGGUCGACCGUAUUCUCAAGGUUAAUGAAGGUGGCUGUCAAGGCUUCAUUUUCUAUAUUACCUUUUCGGUCAAAAAUGGCGACAAUGAAUAUUUUCAAGCUAAGGUGGUGGAACAUUUAAAUAAAUCUUUGGAGUUCCCAAUUGUUAGGCCAAGGGUGAAGGGAGGUUUGGACAUAUAGUGAUGUGAAGUCUGUGCAUCCUUUUGGCUUUGUGUUAACAACUCUUGUCAAUGUUGGACAUCAUUACUAGUAAAUUGCUCUCUUCUUAGUUAGUUUGUCUUU